AUGCAGGCGUCCGCGAGCUUUUCCCCGGCGCGCAGGCCGCGGCGGAGGCUCGUGGGCCGUGAUUCCCCCCCGGAGCGGGGCGCCUUCCCCGAUGCGCAUUUUCAGCAGCGUGAGGCUGACUGCCAUGCGCAUUGCCUGCACCCGCCUCAAGACGACGGCGAGCCCGUGUCGCAGUGGGACCGUUUCCCUCGCAGCCACCAAAUUGGCUCCGGCAGCUUCGGGAAUGUGUUUCUGUGCCACGACAUGCUGCCCGGGAGCGCGUGGUAUCGGCAGCCUGUGGCCGUGAAGGCCGUGCCGCUGGAGGCGCUCUCCGACAGCGAGGUGGCGCUUGCCAUGAACGAGGUGGCCAUCCUGCGCCACUUGCGGCACCCGCACAUUCUGCAGUACGUGGACAACUUCAUCGACGAGGAGCGGCAGCUGUGCCUGGUCGCCGAGUACGCGGAGGGCGGGGAGUUGACGUCGCUUUUGCGACGUCCCGCUGAGCCCGGCGGGGGAGGCGCCAGGGACGAGGCGCAGGGGCGGAGCCAACCGGCAUCCCUCGCAAGUGUCGCAAGCGGUGCUGCACGGACCCAGACGGCGCGGCGGCCGGGGUCCUCGCUGGGCGACACUCAGCAGGGGAAGGCGUCUCCGCAGGCCUGGCUUGAGUCGUACCGCAUCACGGACAUUGUGCGACAGUGCCUGGAGGCGCUGUCCUACCUCCACCAAAACUACAUCAUUCACCGCGACAUCAAGCCCGCCAACGUGUACCUCACCAAGACUGGCAAAAUAAAAAUUGGGGACUUUGGCGUAAGCAAACUGCUCAGCUUAACAGAUCCGUUGGCCAGCACUUUUAUUGGGACGCCCUUCUACCUUUGCCCAGAGCUCUGCCUGGGUGAACCAUACUCGUUUGGGGCGGACAUCUGGGCCUUGGGUGUCCUCACCUACGAGCUGUACUGCAUGAAGCUUCCCUUUGUGGCGGAUAACGUCCUGGCGCAAAUUCACGUCGUCACAGAAGGACAGUACGAUAAGGAGGCGCUGUAUCGCCCACACGCCUUCACCGCGUCUGAGGUGCAAUCACUGGAGAGACUAUAUGGGAGUGCGUUUACUCAGCAAGAGGAGAGUUUGCACACGCUGGUGGUUGCCCUCGUGGAGCGCAUGCUUGUCGUGGAUGCGCUGGAGCGCCCCUCCGCGUCGCAGCUGCUGCGGGAGUUUUUUUUCCCGAUCCCUUCUCUGGUUCCCUGGGCACAGGGAGCCUGUCGCGCUCGCGGGAGUCCUUGCUUUACGUCAACAGCCCGCGAAUGCGGGGGAUCGUUUCGCGCAGCCCAACCCCGCGCCCCCGCAGCUCAACUGCCGCGAGCACCACUGAGACGGCGGCGGCGGCGGCGUUGCUCGUGA